UUCAUGCAGAAGGUCCUUCAAUGACAUCUUUAUUGGGUCUAUCCUUCAACUGCUAUAACCGGAAGAGAACGGGGAACAUAUUUGACAAAAAGGAGGCUAUGAUUCUCCUGCAAGAGAAAUCAUUCCCGUUUCUGCGUCUUCCUUAUGAAAUCCGACGAAUAAUAUACAUAGAACUCCUUUACUACGCCCAAAUCGCAAUGAACGACCUUCGCGGACAUGAAAUAAAGGCCGCACUACUCCACCAUAACCUACCAAACAAACCAUUGGCCAUUCUAGCUGCGAACUGGCAAACCUAUGAAGAAGGACGGCGCAUCUUCUAUGGCUUAAACACAUUUAUCCUUGACAGAAGCAGUAUCCCACCAUUCCUGAUUGGCAUUGGACGACACAACGCCAUGCUCCUGCAGUCUUUAAAAUACAGACUAUGGUCUUGGGAGGGACGCCACGAGUGAAUCGACAAACUUCGACGUUCCUGGGAAUGCCCACGACAACCCUGCCAGAAGAGUUAAAUAUCCGGACAAACCAAUAUGCAUACCUAGUCUUCCUGGAGAUCCUAAAUGGUAGAGGUCACCAUUGCCUCUACGAAGCCCUCCAAAAGCAGCUCCUGCGACUCGAUAAUGCUGGCGACUUGGAACCUAGUGAUGUUCGAAAGCGACAUACUAUGAAAGUGACUUUUGGAAAGCCUUUUAGGAAGGGAGGUGUGGUUUCGUAUGAGUUGAUCGAGCGGAGAUCGGAGUAGAAGAAAUUAAUCCGGGUGUUCGAGCUGGUAAUGAGUGUUACAAGGCUCGUCGGAAGGAGUACUUGGCUUUUAAUUCAACUGAUAACUGGCGGGCAAACAGUAUAAGCAGUCCUCGUACUUGAAUACCGUCAUUUUCUCUCCCGUCUCAUGUCUUUCAUCUUCAAUGUCAUCGGUUACCGUAGCCUCCAUGGCCAUGUGAUUGAAGA